UGCUACGAUUACCAUCAACCCCUCUGCGCACGUCGACAGGAUUCCCAUUAAACCAAGUGGGAGCUGCUGGACAAGUCAAUGAAGGUGCAUCGGUGAAGUGACGCCUCCGUGCACUGCGACAGCGGCACCCCCCCAUCCCCUCCCGGAUCGGAAGGAGCGCAGCGGCGGGCGGACUCCACUCCAGACCCGGAGACAGUGCGCGGGCUUCGGCCUCAGGAGACUCUCUGAGGGGGCGACGCGGAGGUCCAGGUGUUGAGGAGGUAUGGACUGCAACUGCGUCAGUGAUCUGCUGCUCCCCCCUGUGCCCACACUCUGGACGCCAGGGUUCGCCUUCCCCGACUGGGCUUACAAGCCCGAGUCGAGCCCCGGCUCCAGGCAGAUCCAGCUGUGGCACUUCAUCCUGGAGCUGCUGCAGAAGGAGGAGUAUCAGGGUGUGAUCGCCUGGCAGGGAGACUACGGGGAGUUCGUCAUCAAGGACCCGGACGAGGUGGCCCGGCUCUGGGGUAUAAGGAAAUGCAAGCCCCACAUGAACUAUGACAAGCUGAGCAGGGCACUGAGGUAUUACUACAACAAGCGUAUUUUGCACAAAACCAAAGGGAAGCGUUUCACCUACAAGUUUAAUUUCAGUAAGGUGGUGCUGGUGAACUACCCCAUCCUGGACAUGGCCAACUCUCCCUUCUUUCUGGCCCAGAACCAUUUCAACGGGGGCUCUGCCACGCCAGACUGCAGCCCAGAGGCCAUACAGUCUCUGUUUCCUCGUUUGCCAGACACUGGUAGGGGAACAUCUCUUUUUGAUCGGGGGACCACGGCGCCGGGACCGGAGGGAGACAAACUGAGACUGGACGCGUUCCCUUUUCUCAGUUCAGGUGCCCCAUGCUACUCCAAACCUCCAUCCCUGUUGGGCCCGUACCCUCGCAGCCCACCUUUUGACUACCCAUGGGGCUUCAACCCCUACCUCCCAGGGGCAUUCUCUCUCAAUAACUGCCCCAAACUUCCCCCUGGCUCCCUCUACCCCUCCCAGUUUUACCCCAACCCUUUGCAGAGCAGCCUUUCCCAGCUGCCUCACCCAUUCUCCUCCCUGCUCCCCCCAGCGGAGGCAGGAGGGGGCGAAAGAGGCGCGGCAGGGCAAAAUGGCGGGACAAACGGCACUGCGGGUGGUCAGCCAACCAGGCUCUGCCUGCCUCCCUACCCGGGCAGCUUAGCGCUGGCUCGGACAGACGCUGGCAACGGGGCACCGCUGGGGGAGAGGGAGAAGGCGGAGGCCAGUCCUCCAGGUUCAGGGCUGAGUCUGGGUCUGGGGGCGGUCAGCCUAGCAGUCGGGACUGGGACGGGCCAGCAGAGCCCCACGGAGAGGAGAGGAGGGGUGAAGCAGGACCCAGAGUCAGACUCAGACCUGGAGAUAACGGAUCUGAGUGACUGCAGCUCGGACAACGAGAACGACCACGAAUUCAGCAUCAGAAAGGAAUCCAGCCUAGCCAACAGAUCACAGGUUGCGUUGGAUGGAAAGAAAGGAAACGUGCUGCCCCCCGUCACGUCUCUCCCCCCACCAGUGUCCCCUCAUCCUCUGAAGAGCCUGAUGCCCAUCAAUCCUCAUCCCCCGUCCCUGCCGCCGUCGCUUUCUCCUUCCAUGGCUCUGCAUGAAAGACACAGGGAGACAGAGACACUCAAAAUGAUACACAGCUAA